GGGGCGUGGCGAGGGGUGAUUAGCAGAGAAAUAGUCGAUUGAUUGACAGCCAGGCCGAGGAUUAAAUAAGGCAAAAGGGGCGGGGUAAUUGACUAUUGCACAAUAAAUUAUGCAAAAGUAGGCGGGGCAAUGAGUGAUUGACAGCACAUUAAGUAUGUGUUACCGCUUCAUGGGCGUGGCCACACAUCAGCGGGGGCGGAGCAACCUUUGAUUGACAGAUGUAGGGACGCGCCUGACAAAUCCUCGCGAGAUUUCCCGAGAUUUGGCGUCGUUCCCGCCCCUUCUCCCCCUCAGCCCAACAUGGUGGUUCACGCUGAGCCCCCCCCCGAGCCCGACAUGUCGCGACAGUGGCGACAGUCGGCGCCUCGCCUCGAUCCCGACACUGCCGAGUAUUUUCGGAGGGCCCUGGAGACGCUGGAGGAGGGGCUGAGCGAGGAGGAGCUCGCCCUGUUCGCUCCCAACGUUCUCUCGGAGCUCUCCCGCUGCCUCCCUUCAGCAGCGCUGCACCCCAGCUCCUCCCGGCUGCUGCUGCAGCUGCUGCCCCAUUGCCCCCCCGAGACCCUCACCCCUUUUAUCUCCCAUUUGGGGGGGGUCUCCCGCCACCCCCGGGGCUCCCGAGCGCUCGAGGCCGCGCUGGGCCGGGCGCUGGCGGCGCUGGGGGCGGGGCUUGCGCUGGGGGCGGGGCUGGAGGAGGCGGUGACGGAGCUGGGGGCGGAGCUUGGGAGGGAUUUGGGGGGCGUGGCCCGGGAUGCCAACGGCAGCUUCGUGCUCAGGGCCCUGCUGGGGCUGCUCAGUGGUGGUGCUGACCCAGUCCCUCCUCCCAAGGGGGCGGAGCCAAAGGCAAAGAAGGCGGAGCUAAAGGCAAAGGGGGCGUGGUCACUGCCAGAGGGGGCGGAGCUUCCUCCCUCGUUCCGCCCCCUGCUGGAGGAGCUGGCGCAGGGGCUGGAGCAGCAAAUCCCAGGGGCGCUCCGGGCCCUGCACCGCAGCCAAUCACCUUCCUGCGCCCGCUUCUGCCGCGCCCUGAUUGGCUGCCUCAGCCAGGACAGCCCCGCCCCCGACCAGAG